CUUCUAUAUACCAUUGAACAAUAGAUGCUAACAAGCGGGCUGCUUAAGAAAGUCGCUGGUGUAGCUUCAUUUUCACUUACGGGGAUUUUACAAGGAUAUUCUAUUGAUUUAAUCUUAUGUGAUUGCUUGUUCCUAUUAGUUUAGGAGCCGUAAUUAUAGACACUGGCAAACUAACACUUUCCCGAAACUACCAUGGAAUAUACUCAUUUUACUCCGAAUUAUUUUGCAUAAAUAUUUGUGACGGUUAGUCGGUCUGACUUAAAAUAGAGUGACGGCUUGUUAAAUUUUGCAUGGUCAUUCAUCGACAAACAUUGUUGAGUUCGACCAUGACUUUCUCACCCAUGGUUAUUCCGACAUAACAUAAGCCUGAUACUCUUGUGUUGCUUGUCUAGUUCAUAUUUGACACAUUUUAGUACUCAGGUAUGUGUUAUCUUCCAACUUUCGUUUGUUAUAUGUCCGCACUUCUGGAUUGCCGUUCACUCGAAAGCCACGUGUCUAUGAGUGAUUAACUGAAUUUUAAUGGAAAGCUGUUGCUAAUUGUCAACUGGGCUUACAAUGCAACCCAAAAACUGGAAGACUAUCUUCAUACUAUCUUAGACUAUUGUUUUUAUUAAACUUUCCUGAACAUGCGCCAUACAAAGCAAUUUAUUUUAGUAAGUUCAUAGCUGCUGGCAUUUGGGGACGGUCUCAGGUUCUGUGAAGGUUUUGGUGUAUUGAUUUUGAGCUGUCUUCUGUGGUGUGAUAUUUUCUGAAUUUGGCAGUUCAAGUUAACUCUGAUUUUUUGUCAAGUGUAUGUAUGGCGUCUGACUUGCCUAUCUCAAACUUUUCUUUUUUCAUUCGAGUAUCUUAGAUUAGAUUACGCCACCGUACAAGUACUCUAGCUUUUCUGAUUAUGCAUCCAUCAGCGUAUCCAAAAUUAAGGAAGUUGAGUAGCAUGGGUUGUUGGCAAUUGUGAUAUAGGGUGGAGGUCAGUGAAAGAUCUUUUCUUGUCUUGCUAGAAUAUCAUAAGCCAUGUUGGAUACUUUCUUAAAGGCAUCUCGUAACCUUGUUUCUUCUGGAUUUUACCGCGCAUUAUAUCCCAAUCACACCUUCACAAGUGUCAAACUGUUUUGUGGCAUAAUUACACACUUUGUGUUCCAACCUUUUCACAAUACGCCGUAUUCAAACCUCAUUACUGAAUUUAUUGGUAUAUUCAAAUACAGGAACGGCUCAAGGCUACCAGGCAACCUCCUUUGGGUCUUCCAAACACGACCUUUUUGUUUGUCGACUUAUGGUUGUUUAGCCUUAACAGUUUGAUUUCAUCCUGAGUCCUAAUUUACCGAACCUGAGCGGCACCGUCCCUCCACACAUAAUAUAGUUCAUCGUAUGGCAUGUAAAAAUUCUGAUCUAGUCAACUGGGUUUCAAGAGAUCUUUUCUUUGUUGCAGUUUGUAGUACACAGUCUAAUUAUUUGUAAAUCGUUGUAUUUCCAUUAUUGUUCUGCUUGUUUGUUUUAUCAGAUGGUGUGAGUAUUAUUUGUUGGAUAAUAUUUGGGCUACACUUAAUCGUCCAUCAUCAUAAUGACAUUAUUUCCAAAAUAAGUCGUUUUUUAGACCUCAUAUAAUCUUGCCAAGCUGCAUUUACCUACAAAAACUGAUUAAACGAGAGUAAAUCUUGCGUACUGGAUUCCGUGGAACUAUCUAACCUAAGUGUAAUCACAAAGUUUAUCUAGCAUACAUCAAUUGGAAUUCGUGUUUGCAGCCAUUAAUCUUAGUAUUUGAGAAUGGCAGGUUUUCCACAUCCUUUCGUCACACCACACCUUGGAUACCCCGGAUAUGCUCAUCCAAAUUUUGUGCCCAAUCCAGUUACAUCUGUCUCUCAGUUAUCAGCUGUGCAAAUCAAUGCAGGUUGGGUAGAACAUUAUUCUCAUGAUGGUAGAAAAUAUUAUUUUAACCCCUACACUCAUCAAACUACAUGGGAGAAACCUCAAGAAUUAAAAACUCAGCGAGAGAAAAUACUUUUUAAUUCUCCAUGGAAAGAGUUUAAGUCUGAGAAUGGGAAACCUUAUUAUUACAACGAAAUUACAAAACAGUCGGUUUGGGUAAAACCACAAGAACUAAUAGACGCUGAAAACCAAGCUGCAGCUUGUACCCCGACAUCAAAUAAUUCAAUCCCUGAGCCACCAAAUGGCAUACCACCUGUUACACCGUGUACACCAGCGACACCUAAAGAAGAUGCCAAUAAACCACCUGAGCCUUCAGAAAUAGAACGCGCCAUGAAAGCAACUUUAGCCUCUAUCGAGGCAUCAGAUGCAGCAACAGCGUCAAUUCCUAUUCCGCUUCCUCCAGAAAAGUUAGACGAAAGUGAGGAGGAGAGUGAUGAAGAAAAACCGGUAAACACUUCACAGUCAGCUACUACAGUUCCUUCAAGUACACAACCUGCUGUACCGGAAUAUAAAACGAGAGCAGAAAUGGCAGAAGGUCUUAGGCGGCUUUUUAGAGAUUGUAAUGUUCCAGGUGCUUCAACAUGGGAACAAGCAUUGAAACUUAUAUCUGGAGAUCCUAGGUAUGCUGUCUUGAAAACGUUUAAUGAGAAAAAGCAGAUAUUUAAUGUAUACAAAACUCAGAGAUUAAAAGAAGAACGAGAAGAACAAAGAAUAAGAAUCAAACGAGCAAAAGAAGACUUAGAAAAGUAUUUAUUAAAGUGCAAUAAAUUGCAUUCAACUAUGUCAUAUCGCAGAGUAGACCAGUUACUGUCAGAUACAAAAGAAUGGACUGAUGUUCCAGAUCGUGAUCGUCGUGAGAUAUUUGAAGAUGUUAUGCAAGAGAUUGGAAAACGUGAAAGAGAAGAAGCUAAGAUACUUCGCAAACGAAAUAUAAGAGUAUUUAAUGAAAUUCUAAGCGAGAUGCUUGAUCUUACCUAUCGAACAACAUGGAGUGAAGCGCAACAAAUGUUACUUGACAAUACUAGGUUUACAGAAGAUGUAGAAUUACAAAAUCUAGAUAAAGAAGACGCCUUAAUUUGUUUUGAAGAGCAUAUCUGUAUGCUUGAACAAGAGUAUGAAGAGGAGAAAGAUCGUGAACGUCGUAAACAAAAAAGGGAACAACGUAAAAAUCGUGAAGCUUUUAUAGUCCUGCUUGAGGAGUUACGUGAACGUAAAUUACUCACAUCUAUCUCUUUAUGGAAAGAUCUUUAUCAGAUUAUAAACAACUCUGUCCGUGUGACCCAGGUUCUCGCAAUGGCAUCCAAGUCAACGUGCAUUGGUCGUGAAGGAAAAAAGGGUUGGAUCCCUUUUUUGCCAGGGAGUGUCAAUGGAGUUGAAGAUUGAACGAUCAAUUCAUGGUUGUUUGCUCAAAACCAACUUCCCCAAUUUUCGCGGAGGCAUCAAUACGACAGUCAUCGUCUCAUCGGUCGCUGUUCAGGAAGAAGAGUAAAACACCUUCAGAAGUAAUAUUGUGAUUUAUUAAUGUAAUAUUUGUUCACAGACCUUAGUCAUACGUGAUUUAUAUGUUGGUGUAACAAUAAAGAAUCCUCGAGUCAACAAUUGGUGUUUUGGUUUAUUCGUCCGUUAUUACUAAGCGUUUCUGAAAACUUCAAGGAACAGCGUGAGCCCGAGCGUAGCAAGCGCUGCGCAUUAACGGUUUACGGGACGUGGCUGACACUCCCGGUUUGACUUCUGAAGUGCGCGCUUGAGUGUAUCAACAAAACGCUCUGCUUGUCCAUUCGACUGAGGAUGUUAAGUUGGGCUGCAAAUAUGC